AUGUAUCGGUCGACAAAAGGAGCAUCGAAGGCUCGGAGGGAUCAAAUCAACGCAGAGAUUCGGAACAUCAAGGAACUGUUGCCCAUCUCCGAUUCGGACAAAGCUCGACUCUCCUACCUACACAUCAUGUCACUUGCCUGCAUGUACACCAGAAAGUCUGUAUUCUUCUCUCAAGGUAGGCUCAACCUUUUUGUUAUUUUAAAUAUGGUCACACGAAGUGUACUUUUUCUCUUGUGGUUUUAGUCACCAGGUGCACUGAAGUUUAACGUGCAUGGUCGACAACCACUGCAUCCUAUCAUGCACUGUAAUUUAGAAGUUAAUCUAUUGAUUUAUUUGUUGGCUAAUAGUUUGAUUUGGUAUGGAUUUUUACAUAAUGUCCCUAUACGUCUUGCGCUGUCCAAAGUUCUGAAAGUAUUUGGCGCUGUCCAUGGUACUAGUCUGUUGUAGCGAGUAAAUGCGCGUGACUCCAAUCUGUUGGAAGCAUAACACCAGUAAUAUUUAGGAUGAACACGAUCCCUGUUGAAUAAAAUGCAAAUAGUACAAUUUAUUUUAUGCUUUUUGUCUCCGUGACGAUAUUCACAACUAAUUUUAGACCUUUUAUUUUAUUUGCCAAAACAGACGCUCUUCAAGACGAGACCAUGGACUUCAUGUUGUUUCACGAGCUGUCAGGGCUGAUGUACGAAUUGUCAGGUUUCAUGAUACUCCUAACAAGCGAUGGAAAACUUCUGUAUCUAUCUGACAACGUCGCAGACCACCUCGGCCAUUGUAUGGUGAGUAGCCUAAGCUGCAAACUGGUGGCUGUUGUUGUUACUUUGACAAACCAUACACUGAAAGUAUUGUGCAUAGGCCUAUGAAAGUAUCAUUCAAUGUCAUGCAACCUGUUUUUCUCAUUCAGGUGGACCUGGUUGCCCAGAGUGAUCGUGUAUAUGAUAUAAUUGAUCCUAGGGACCACUUUGUCAUGAGGAGCAACCUUGCAGGUCUACCGAUGACCACUACUGACACAGGUAUAGAUCUCUCAUCACUGUACUAAUCUAAGAAUUGUUUUACUGUAUCCAUUAGAAAGACGUUUAGUAACCCAACUGCUGCUUCCUAUCCUAGACUAUGGUGACAUCAUCUAUCAAAACACAACCAAGACCUUACUUUACGAAUUAUAUAACUGUUCUUCAAAUGUACACUACCAGUCAAAAGUUUGGACACACCUAUUCAUUCAAGGGUUUCUCUUUAUUUUAUUAUUUUUUACAUUGUAGAAUAAUAGUGAAGACAUCAAAACUAUGAAAUAACCCAUAUGGAAUCAUGUAGUAACCUUAAAAGUGUUAAACAAAUCAAAAUGUUACAUUUGAGAUUCUUUAAAUAGCCACCCUUUGCCUUGAUGACAGCUUUGUACACUCUUGGCAUUCUCUCAACCAGGUUCACCUGGAAUGCUUUUCCAACAGUCUUGAAGGAGUUCCCACAUAUGCUGAGCACUUGUUGGCUGCUUUUCCUUCACUCUGCGGUCCGACUCCUCCCAAACCAUCUCAAUUGGGUUGAGGUCGGGGGAUUGUGGAGGCCAGGUUAUCUGAUGCAGGACUCCAUCACUCUCCAUCAUGGUAAAAUAGCCCCUACACAGCCUGGAGGUGUGUUGGGUCAUUGUCCUGUCGAAAAACAAAUGAUAGUCCCACUAAGCCCAAACCAGAUGGGAUGGCGUAUCGCUGUAGAAUGCGGUGGUAGCCAUGCUGGUUAAGUGUGACUUGAAUUCUAAAUAAAUCACAGACAGUGUCACCAGCAUAGCACCCCCACACCAUAACACCUCCUCCUCCAUGCUUUACGGUGGGAAAUACACAUGCAGUGAUCAUCCGUUUACCCACACAACGUCUCACAAAGACACGGCGGUUAGAACCAAAAAUCUCCAAUUUGUACUCCAGACCAAAGGACACAUUUCCACCGGUCUAAUGUCCAUUGUUUGUGUUUUUUGGCCCAAGCAAGUCUUUUCCUCUUAUUGGUGUCCUUUAGUAGUGGUUUCUUUGCAGCAAUUCGACCAUGAAGGCCUCAUUCACACAGUCCCCUCUGAAGAGUUGAUGUUGAGAUGUGUCUGUUACUUGAACUCUGUUAAGCAUUUAUUUGGGCUGCAAUUUCUGAGGCUGGUAACUCUAAUGAACUUAUCAUCUGCAGCAGAGGUAACUCUGGGUCUUCCAUUCCUGUGGCGGUCCUCAUGAGAGUCAGUUUCAUCAUAGCGCUUGAUGGUUUUUGCGACUGCACUUGAAGAAACUUUAAAAGUUCUUGAAAUGUUCUGUAUUGACUGACCUUCAUGUCUUAAAGUAAUGAUGGACUGUUGUUUCUCUUUGCUUAUUUGAGCUGUUCAUGCCAUAAUAUGGACUUGGUCUUUUACCAAAUAGGGGAAUCAUCUGUAUACCCACCUACCUUGUUACAACACAAUUGAUUGGCUCAAACUCAUUAAGAAGGAAAUCAAUUCCAUAAAUUAACUUUUAAGAAGGCACACCUGUUAAUUGAAAUGCAUUCCAGGUGACUACCUCAUGAAGCUGGUUGAGAGAAUGCCAAGAGUGUGCAAAGCUGUCAUCAAGGCAAAGGGUGGCUAUUUGAAGAAUCUCAAAUAUAACAUUUUGAUUUGUUUAACACUUUUAAGGUUACUACAUGAUUCCAUAUGUGUUAUUUCAUAGUUUUGAUGUCUUCACUAUUAUUCUACAAUGUAGAAAAUAGUAAAAAUAAAGAAAAACCCUUGAAUGAGUAGGUGUGUCCGAACCUUUGACUGGUACUGUAUAUUUAUCUUAUAAUGACAACAGAUUACAUUAAUUUUCAAACCUUUCUGCUUUUUGUCCUCCUCCAGACAGGUUAUUUAGAUGUCGCUUCAAUACUACAAAGUUCAUCCGGCGGCAGGGUGCGGAGAACAAGUUGAUGCUAGUCAGAGCUCGAUGCCUCACCCCACCUUGCCCUGUCUCUGCAUACUGGAACUCCAACCCAGUAUGGGUGUGUUUCUGUACCCCUCUGAAGACAAAAACGCCUUACCUUACAAUCGCCAAGAGUGGCCCGCUCACCCCACCCCCUGAGCAGUCCAUCCUGCUGGCUUGUUUCCACUCUCAACACCACAGGGACAUGAGGCUUUGGGAUGCCCAGGACAGGUAAGAAUAAGCCUGGUUCAUUCUGAAGUAUAACACUGUUUUGGUAGUGUAUAUGCAUGAGAACAUGAGGUAUGUUAUCAACUCUGCUGUCCCUUUCUCCUCCAGUGUGAGUGUGUACCUAGGCUACGAUGUGGAUUCUCUACGCUCUCGCUCCUGGUACAGCCUGGUCCAUCCCAGGGAUCUCUCCCAUGCUUCUACACAGCACUGUCUCCUAUGUGAGUACAUCCACAAUAACACAACUACUCAACCACAGCCACUUAACAUAUAGUGUAACACAACACAACCAACAGUACAAACACAAGAGGAAGACAGACCAGCGAGGAGAGCUGAAUAUGGGAAUGUGUCUGUCUCUGCAGUGAGUGAAGGAGGGGAGAGGCAGGUGGAGAUGGUGGUGCAGGUGGAGGCAGCAGACCACUCAUGGGUCUGGCUCUAUAUGGUCCUCCAGCUGAACAACGAAGAAAACCCCAUCAGCUGCCACAACUACGUCAUCAGGUACCACAGCUACACUGUUAUGAAAUACCACUAUGCCAUUUGUCUCUUACCUUUAACAAUGACCUCUAUACAGGAUCUGUGAGAUAUAAAUCAUUAUUGUCUCUUUUCCUCUUUCUCUCUCUUAGUGAGUCAGAGGCGUGGUCAAUACGCCAGCAGCUGUGUUUGGAGCAGAACCAGUUCCCUGGGUAUUUGGGUUCUGGUGAGAGCCUGUCCAGUCCAAAUCAGGUCUUCACCCCCAGUAGAAGUGACCUGUCAGCCCAGUCCUUUGACUUCGGCACUGCCACGUCUGGUGUGAGCUCUUGUGAGGAGCCCAUGCAGCCAGUUGGUUAUGGUCCUCGCUCCAGCCUGUCGUCUCUGGAUGAAGAGAACUUCCCCCAGACACAUGGAGGACAACACCAGUGGAAAACAAAGACCAGCCAUCUCUCUGUUGGACCAACCACUCCUGCCUCACUGACUGACCCUGAGUCUGAUAUUCUGACUCAGAGAAUUACCUCUCACCUAACCAAUAUGUCAGAACCCCUCCCCUCCUCCCUCACCAAGCCCCUCGCCCCUCUUACUAUGCCCCACCCUCAACAGAUGGGGGAGUUUGCAUGCACUCCCCCGUAUACCCCUCAUCUUGCUAGUGGCAGUUUUCCUUUUGUGGAGAAACUGCAACUCAGUUUAGAUCCUUUCAAUGCAGCUGUGUCAUGCCCAAUGGUCCAUGCGGUUAUUAACUCAGCACAUAGAGCACCAGGCUUCUCCCAGGCCCUCUCUUCUGAGCAUCCUCAGGUACUCUUCCCGGCAGAGCCCCAUAGAAAGCUGCCCCCUACCACCAAUAGUUUUGGGGGAGAUGAAUGCUCCAUCAUGGGCUUGCCACAGAUUAGUGGUCCCUUGUAUGUGGAUGUUCCCCACAGGCCCUUCCGUGGCCCUCUGAAUGAGCUCCUCCUAACUCCAGAGGCUUCCCCCACACACCCGUCCUGCUCUUUCUUCUCCAUGGAGAGAGAGCAGGAGCGAGAGAGGGAGGAAAUUUCUCUCUUGGCUAAAUAUAUUAGCUCUUUAGCUGAGGGAUUCUAUUGUGACCCUCUUCUCCCCAGAGUAACCCCAUCCACCUUCUCGUCUUCACCCAGCCUUCAGGCCACAUCCCAGAAUUCCUCUCCUCCUUGCGGAGGUGAGUGCCAGCCCUGGAUGGGGCUAGACCCGCCCCUUAGCCGAGAGGAUAUCUCUCUGUAUGAGGAGAGUAUGGCUCUAGAGAGCCUCAUUGAGGAGGUCUCAACUUUCCCUUUGUCCCCCUCUUCAUGUUACUCUCCCCCCCCUUCCUCCUUUAACUCCUCCCUGCCAUGCUUGCCACUCACCCCAGUGAGCAGGUGUAACCCCAGCCUCUUCAAGGGUGAAUCUUCAAUUGGAGUAAACCACUUCUGUAGCGUCCAAUCGACGCAGUGUAACUGCAUGGCAGUGGGUGGAGCUAUGAUGGCAGGGACUAAAAGAGACAUGGAGGAGUCAUCAGAGAGUGAGAUAGAUACGAACGUGUCAGUGGAGCCUCCAUUAUCAAUACCAUCGUCAGCCAUCGCUCUCACAGCCUUCCAGGAGUGUGCCCCUGCCUUGGUCCAUCCAGCCCCCACCAUCAGUUUGCCCCAUGCCCAGUCCCUUCUGGAGGAACUGGAUGCCAUGGAACCUCUGUUUGAGGCAGAUGCCUCUUUCACCCUGUCUUGGGGUGACAACCUGAGUUGUAUCAACUCCCACUCAACCAUGCACUCACAAAGCUUCCACCAAGGUAAGGGACAUUUUUGUCAUGCUAAUAUGUUGAUAUAAGACAACAGGCCAUUUUACCACUGGCACAUAAAAAAAUGUCAUAGUCUCAUCCGAUAUUUUCCAUUUCACAGUAUAAGAUGCAUCACUACUAAGAUUUCAGUGUGAUAAAUAUUGUUUGCUGAACUAAAUUAACGAACUCUUCUCUGUUGUUUUCUUUCAUUUCAGAUGGAAGCCUGCGUGACCCUCCGUCCUAA